AUGGUUCCUCCAAGAGUCUCGUCCGAUGCUGAAAAAGCUCCUCCUUUUGGCUCUCGCCUUUUUCACAAUCGUUACGACUUUCAGGAGGGCCCUCAGAUCACCAUGGCGCAGAGCGGUAACAAUAAUGCCCAAACGAUCCUGGUGAACGUUGGGGUGGUUCUUGAUCUGGAGACGUGGGUGGGUCAGAUGGGAUUGAGCUGCGUUAACCUUUCUCUCUCUGACUUCUAUACUUCAAACCUUCCUACAAGAGAUCCCAAACAAGAUGAGGUUGCUGCUGCUGCCGCAGCACUUGAUCUAAUAAAGAAUAAGCAAGUCCAAGCCAUAAUAGGACCUCAACGUUCAUCGCAAGCAAACUUCAUCAUUCACCUUGGAAACAAAUCUCAUGUGCCGAUCAUCUCUUUUUCUGCUACUGGUCCUUCCCUCAGUUCCAUUCGGAGUCCUUACUUCAUUCGAGCUGCGCAAAAUGACUCAUCGCAAGUGAAUGCCAUAAGCGCAGUCGUGCAAGCUUUUGGCUGGAGAGAAGUGGUCCUCAUAUACGUGGACAGUGAGUUCGGAGAAGGCAUCAUACCUUCUCUUACGGAUGCUUUGGAAGAGGUCGACACGCGAGUGUCUUAUAGGAGCCUCAUUCCUCCUUCGGCCACGGACAAUCAAAUCCUGCGGGAACUCUACAAGUUAAUGACGAUGCAAGUGAGGGUCUUCAUAAUGCACAUGUUACCGACCCUCGGAUCUCAGCUAUUUGACAAAGCAAAAGAGGUGGGAAUGAUGAGCGAAGGUUAUGUGUGGAUCUUGACUAAUGUAAUCACUGACCAAUUGAGUUCUCUGGAUUCAUCUGUCGUCACUAGUUCGAUGCAAGGAGUAUUGGGCAUCAACGCUUACAUCCCGAGCACACCAAACCUGAACAACUUCACGGCCCGAUGGAAGAUGAAAUUCCAACAAGACAAUCCAUCCGUCCUUAAUCCUACGUUGAACAUUUUUGGAUACUGGGCUUAUGACGCUGCUCAGGCUCUGGCAAUGGCUGUCGAGGAAAUGGGUGUGGCUAAUUUUACCUUCCAGAUGUUUGAUGCUUCAAUAGAUACAACAGAUCUCGACAUUAUUGGGGUCUCUAAAAGUGGUCCGAAACUUCUCCAAGAACUAGCCAGUACGACAUUCACGGGCCUCACUGGAAAUUUUAGACUCGUUCAUGGGCAGCUAGAGUGGUCAACAUUCCAGAUUGUUAAUAUCAAUGGACAUGCAGCAAGAGGGAUUGGAUUUUGGACGCAAGAAAAUGGGCUGCUAAGAUAUUUGUAUUCAUUCAGCAAAAGUAAAUAUUCCACUUCGAAGAGUAAUCUCGGAUCGAUAAUAUGGCCAGGAGAUUCCACCUCUAUUCCUAAGGGAUGGGACACUCCCACAAAUGGGAAGAGGCUGAAAAUUUUAGUCCCUGUGAGGGAUGGUUUCAAUCAAUUCGUGCAAGUGACUAAUGAUCUUAGCACAAAUACAUCCAAAGUCAUUGGAUACUGUAUUGACAUCUUUCAAACCAUUAUAGAAAAAUUGCCUUAUGCUGUGGCUUAUGACCUUAUUCCGUUUGCCUUUUCCAAUGGAAGUAGCGCGGGCAGGUACGGCGACAUGAUCGAUCAAGUAUUUUACCAGAAUUACGAUGGAAUCGUGGGUGAUAUAACAAUCACUGCAAACAGAUCACUGUACGUAGACUUCACUGCACCAUACACCGAACCGGGGGUCGCAAUGCUCGUGCCAUACAAGGACAGCAAGGGCAAGAAUGCUUGGGUUUUCUUGAAGCCACUCACUUGGGACCUUUGGUUAACAACCGGAUGCUUCUUUGUGUUUAUAGCAUUCGUCGUGUGGAUUCUUGAACACCAAAUUAAUGAAGAUUUCCAGGGUCCGGCUGGGCAUCAAGUUGGCACGAGCUUUUGGUUCUCAUUUUCAAUCAUGGUCUUUGCACAAAGGGAGAGAGUAUUAAGCAACCUAGCCAGAUUUGUUGUGAUCGUGUGGGUUUUCGUGGUACUUAUACUAACACAAUGUUAUACAGCAAGCUUGAGCUCUCUUUUAGUGGUGUAAAAUCUUCAACCAACUGUGGUUGAUGUGGAUGAGCUCCUUAAGAGUGGAGAAAAUGUGGGUUACUUGGAAAACUCUUUCAUUUAUGGAAUGUUAAAGCAAAUGAAGUUCGAUGAUUCCAGACUUAUAUCUUAUAAGUCCGCUGAAGAAUGCAAAGUGCUUCUCAAGGGAAGUGACAAGGGUGGGAUUGCAGCAGCAUUCGAUGAAGUCCCCUACAUUAAAUUUGCCAUUUCUCAAUAUUGCAAAAGAUAUACCAUGAUCCCAACAUUAAGAAGUGCUGGAUUUGGCUUUGUUUUCCCCAAAGGGUCUCCGCUAGUACCUGAUAUUUCCCGAGUAAUCCUUAAUGAUACUGAAGUGCUUAAAAUGAUGGAAAUCGAAAAUAAAUGGUUGCCACCGAAAUCCAACUAUCCAGAUUCUUCCAACAGCUUGGAUCUUGACAGUUUUUGGGGCCUAUUCUUGAUUGCUGGAGCUGCUGCAGUUUUAGCUCUCCUCAUCUUCAUGGUCAUGUUUGUUAAAAGAAACUGGCAUGUCGUUGCAAGUCCUUCAGGUUCACUACGGGAGAAAUUUGUUACAUUGGGAAGAAGAUUUUACGAAAGAGACCUCAACUCCCAUACUUUUGAGAAAGCCAGAUUUAGAGAUAGAAAUAUGGAUGAUGGCGACAAUGAGAUUGCAGCCGUUGAAACUUUGGAAAACACUAACUUCCCUCUGAGUUUUUCAAGAGAUAUCAACCAAAACAAUGAUGAUAUAAACAAUGAGCAAGGCAUGCCGUCUACAGAACAAGGACUUUCUAAUCAUGUAGAUGAAGGGUGCUCCAACGACCGACAAACAUCGAUCUUAUAAAUCUAAGUUUAGAGAGGUACAUGCCUCAAC